AUGAUGUUCAGCAUGAUGGUCAGAAUCUUCACCAUCAUUGCCUUUGUCAUUUGGAUCGACAUCCAAAUAUAUAAUGACAAGUCCGAGCAAGGUUGGUCAGUGGGCAUACCCUACGUCUCAAACACUGCUUGUGAUUUCAGCUGCAAUUUCAAAGCUCAAAUAUCACUUGCUUCGUCGAUUGAGCUGGAGCGUGAGAUUGCUGCAUUUAAGCAACAUCUGGGGGACUUGGAGAAAAUGAAGGACGCACGAUCGGGGUCCGACUCGAUUGAACUCGGAACUGUGACAGGUCAGACAAAGGAAAGCUAG